AGACAUUGCAGUGGGACAGGCGAGCUACACGGAUACGGAUCCUGAAUUGAUGACGUGGUGCCAUCGGCUCGCCGGGGACGGAGAGGAUGGCCGACCAGAGCAGGCAAAUUAAACUCGCUGCAGCUAAGAAAAAGCUGAAAGAGUUUCAGCAGAAGAGUGGCCCGUCACCAGCCAGUUCCGCCCCGAAAAAGAAGAAGAAGGUGAAAGGAGCUGGCCAGACAGAUGGCACCUCCACUGACAGACACUCGCCAGAUCAGAUUGAGAAUAUUCUGAAUGUUAUGGUGUCUGAUCUUAGUCUGACUAAUGGAGUAGCUCUUCCUCCAUUGGUCAACAGUCAGGACCGUGCUGAUGUGGGAGUGCGGGACUCCCCAGUUUCUCAGAUGCAGGAGGAUGCUCCCAGUGCAGAACCUGCCCGCUGCUCGCCUGUGUCUAACACCUCCGCUGCUACUAACUCAGAGUGUCUCACUGACAACCUAGCCCUGCAGCAGAACUGUGACCCAGAUGCCAACGGUGAUGAACACUCUCUGGGAGAAAACAGGCCAUUGUCCUCCACUGAGAGCCUGCGGCAAAUUUCUCAGCAGCUCAAUGGCCUUCUCUCUGAGUCACCGUCAUCAUAUGUCAACGGGGACAGUGGGCCAUCUCCUGCCAAUGAGAGAGAACUGGAGACUCGAAACCAGGAGCUGGCAGCCGCUCUGGACUCCAGCACGCUAACAAACUCCCAGCUUACUACAAAGAUAGAGACACUGAUGAAGCAGUCCCAAGAGCUGUCAGACCAACUCCAGAAGGAGCGGAAGGAUUUUGAGCAGAAGUUUGUGAAGGAACAGGGAGCUAUGCGUGAGCAGCUACAAGUCCACAUACAGACCAUUGGAAUUCUGGUGUCUGAGAAGUCUGAGCUGCAGACCGCCUUGUCUUACACACAGCAAGCAGCACGGCAAAAGACAGGAGAGGCAGAGGAGCUGAAUAAUCGGUUGCAGGCCAGCAAGCAGAGAAUAUCAGAGCUUGAGAGAACUUUAUCCUCAGUUUCUUCACAGCAAAAGCAGCUUGAGAAGCAUAAUAAAGACCUGGAGAAGGACAGAGACGGUCUGCGAGUGGAGGUCCUCAGAUUGAAGAAUGUCAGUGAGGAGAUGAAGCAGCAGGGCUCGGAAUUGGCUGAGCAGCUAAAACUCAGAGUGAAUGAGAACAGUGCUUUGAAAAUGGAGCUUGACGACCUCCGCAAACGACUGGAAAUGGCAGACGUCAUGCUGCAGCAGUUCUCCAGUCAGUCAGGUCCAGCGUCUGAGCACCAGCAGCUUCAGCUCCUCCUGGAAGAGAAGCAUCAGCUUGAGAUUCACACAGCUCAGCUAAUGGAGUCGGUUGCACAGCUGCAGAGAGAGAGGGACCAGUAUGCAGAACAGAUUCAGGAGGAGGGCAGGGUGUGGAAGGACAGAACAGAGCAGCUUCUGACUCAGGUGACGUUGAUGUCCGAGGAAAGGGACAGGACUGCUGUUCAGAUCCAGGAGCUACAAGGACAAAUUACAGAGCUGAAAAAUGCUGCAGCUCUGAUGUACCAGGAGCAGGAGACCCAGCCAAUAUCUCAGUCUUCAGGUCCAUCAGAAAGAGAGCUGGCCCUGGAGGAGAGCCUUCAAAACCUGCAGCAGGAGAAAGAGGCCCUUAGCCUACAAUACCAAGAACAGGUUCGGGAUAACGAGCAGCUGAGUCGACUGGUGCAGGAGCAGGAAUCCCGUCUGGAGGAUCUGGAGAGGCAAGCAGAGCGGUCGGCCGAAGAGGCUCAAGACAAGCUGCGCAUUCUGGAGGACGUUCAGAGUGACAAGGCCACCAUCAGUCGAGCCCUGACUCAGAACCGUGAGCUCAAAGACCAGCUGGCCGAGCUGCAGAACGGCUUUGUUAAGCUGACUAAUGAGAACAUGGAGCUCACCAGCGCGCUGCAGUCAGAGCAGCACAUUAAAAAGGAGAUAGCCCGCAAGAUGGGUCAGCUGCAGGAGGAACUUCACAAUGCCAAAGAACAGUUGCAGGAACGAAUGCAGGAGUGUUCAUCCAUCCAGGAGCAGCGGGAUCAGUAUCUGGCCCACUUGCAGCAAUACUCAAAUGGUUAUCAGCAGUUAGCCACGGAGCGAGAACACCUUCACAAGCAGUUCCUACAGCAGACACAGCUGAUGGACCGGCUACAGCACGAUGAGGUGCAGGGCAAAGUGGAGCUCGAGCAGAGUCAGUUGCAGCUGCAGCAAGCCCAGGAUAGACUUAAUCAGCUGGCCAAAGACAAUGAACAGCUUAAGACAGAGGUUCAGGAGCUUCUGAAUAGUUCUGCUUUAAAUACAUCACUCAGGGAUCAAGGAGAUGGCGUGGAAAGCCAUUCACUUCCAGAAAGCUUCCAAAAAUCCUCUAUAGCCAUCCCAGAAGACUUUGAGAGCCGAGAGGAAAUGGAGGAUUUCCUGCAGUCUGCACUUUCCCGACUGGAGGGAGAGAGGGAUGAAGUUAUGCGCAGAUUAGAAGAUGAGAGGAGGCACCACCAGGCUGCCCUACAACAGGUGGCUGCUAUGAGCCAUGAGCACAAGCACCACAGCACAUGUACAGAAACAGGGAGCUCAGGUGGUGUUCCUAUUGAGGUGCAUGAAGCCCUGCGUUUUGCGAUGGAGAAGCUCCAGGAGCGUUUCACAGGACUGAUGCAAGAAAAGGUGGAUCUGAAAGAGAGAGUGGAGGAGCUGGAGCACCGCUGCAUUCAGUUGUCUGGAGAAACGGACACCAUUGGUGAAUACAUUGCUCUGUAUCAGAACCAGAGAGCCAUCAUGAAGCAGAAGCAUAUAGAAAAGGAGGAGUAUAUUAGCAUGCUGGCCAAAGACAAAGAGGAGAUGAAGGCAAAGUUGGCAGAGCUGCAGGACCUGGUAAUGCGUUUAGUCGGGGAAAGGAAUGAGUGGUACACUCGGUACAUGAGUGCUAUCCAUAACCCUGACCUUCUGCCUGCUGGAGAAGAGAUUGUCCACCCUGCAGAGAGUCGUAUGGAGCUCAAUGCUGUGGAUAGCCCAGAUUCUAUGGACAUGAGUGCAGCUGUAGAUUUGUCUCCAGACUCGCAGGCCAGGACAGAUCUGGGGCCUGUGGGCCCCUCUGAGGUAACAGAGCCCCCAGUAGGCCCCUCACUGAGACCCAGGGAGGACGGCACAGCCCGGCAGAUCAUGCAGCUCCUCCAGGAGAUCCAAAACCCUCAGGCCCGUCCUGCUCCCUUCCUGGGAGAGAACCCCUGCAUUCCCUUCUUUUACAGGCCCGACGAAAACGAUGAAGUCAAAAUAAUGGUCAUUUAAAGCACACCAUGUUCCAUGCCUCCCAUUUUUCUCCUUACUUUCUUUUUGUUUCUUGGAUGAGGACAAAAAGUCCUUGCUUUUCUGCUCUCUGGCUUGUCCUGGAAGCUUUUUGCACACACACAGUAACUGGAGCUGGACUGUGAGUGUGAAUGUGUGUGUGUGUGUGUGCAAUCUUUUUCAUUUUCUGCACUUUGGUUCUUCCCGUUUCGGUGUUGGGCAUGCAUUCUUCUUUUUUCGGUUCCUUCUCAGGCUCUUAGCUCUGAAGGCUGAUUUAUACUUCUACGAUGGAGUCAAUACAAUAUACAUCUUAACCUGUGCGAGUGACCUAUGCCAUUGUGAGCGUUUAUACUUCUCCAUUGGUGUGUCUGCUUCGCUCUGCUGAUGGUGUAAAUGCAAAGUUGAGAAAACAAUGCUGGUCAGGCUGUGGCAUAGGCUACAAAAUAGGCUAUGGUGUAGGGUACACGAAGGCUAUGAUGUAGAUUCAUCGCAGAAGAAUAAAUUGGCCUUAAUUGGGUAUAGUAUGCCCAAGAACAGAGUUUUAUAGUCCUAUUUAACAUUUAAGACCUGCUAUUCCUCCUUGCAGUUUCCACUCUGCAUUUUAAUCUUCUGGACAAUAGGUGCAAUAGUAAAAUUAAGUCUGACUUCUGCAAUAUUAGUCUUUGUCCACUGGCAGAACAUUGUAACCAGUACACAGUUUGAGUGAAUACAGAUUUGUUGGAUUAGUGAAAUUUUUUUCCCUAUGAAGCUUGAAAAUCUUAAAACCUUAAAAUCUCUCUAAUUUCAACAAAUGGGCAUUAACUGGCCAGGUAGCUCUCACUCUCUGUUUAAUCUGUAGUAUUAGGGUUGGAUUAGUAGGUGACUGUUGGAGGAAACUGAAAUUUGCUCUGCUUUAUAAGAGCCUGGAGUGUUUGAGAUAAUACUGAAUAUUGAGAAUGUGCCGAAGGUAGGGAAAGAUUGAUCUAGUUUUUUAGGCCUUUAAGAUCUGUGUGGAAAUGUUUGUGUGUAUGAAUCAGUAGGCAAUAGGCCUUGAAUGUCUGAUGCAUGAAGUGCUAGGCUAAGGACACACUUUUAAGUAAAGUGUCCAGCAUGUUGAAAGAUGAUAUAAGAGAGGGAAAAGAUGAUGCGAGCUGAAAGGACACGUGUUAGAGCAUUAGAGUAACACAUUUAAAGGAAUACUUCAGCAUCUAGUAUCUGUUCGAUUAUAAACGUUUGAUUAUCAGAGAUUGUGUCCCAAUUGUGUACUACAGACUAAGUGUUCUUUUACACCAACUAAAAGUAACUAAAAAGACUAAAAGUAAAAACUUAACUAAAAGUAAAAGGUGCCCCAAAUCACAGUCUGGACCAAAGCAACAAUAUUUUUUUUGGCUUAAAUUUACUGAACCACAGUCUGGAUCAUUUACUGUAUGAAAAUACUUGAUGGUUCAGGCUUGAUUCAGACCUGUCACAGAAAAUUUAGGCAGGCUGUCCAAUCCCAUUAAGCACAAGCAGUUUAUGUGCACAUGCAUUAUGCAGCAGUAUGGAUACAACAGAUAACGCUGGUGAUUCUGUAUCUACUGUAACUGUAGAUUAACCCUUAUUUAUGAACAGAAAUAAAAGGAAUCCCAGGGGAAUCUGUUACACUCUUAUAUUCUACUGUGUGAUGAUGCCCCUGCACUUAUAGGGAACCAAAUUCUGGCAGGGUGGUAGAAUUUUAUUACAACACUUGACCGAAAAGGCAUCUCGCCAAUGCAAGUUCUCCAUCUGCCAUUAUUGCUAAACUUGCAUGAUUAUAUAACAUUAUCUGACAAUAUGUUCCAGAUGAGAGUGUCUUCUCCAGAUCUGUGUAGCACUGCAUUGUGGGAUACUAUUAUCUAUCCAUGCACAGCCCAAAACUCUUGAGUUCUGGGUUUGAACAAUGGAUAUUUGAUCAUCUAUUUAUCUAUUUAAAAACAACUAGUUGGGACACACCAAAUCAUGUCUUCAUGUUUUCCUGUAGUUGUAAAGAAGUGAAGUAAUUUGAUUUGGUAAUUUGCUCUGUGCUACAAAUGCAGAAUUUUAAGAUUUAUUUACCAAACACUGAAGUAUUCCUUUAAAACUGAAGGGGAAUUUUAUUUUCUGGCAGUAUUUUCCCAUUAAACAUUCUUCCAUUAACCUUUACAGACAGCAAAGGCUUCACAUGAUGUGUACCUUUCGCUGAUUUAUGUCAUAUACUUAUGACAAAUUGCACAUAUAUAUAUAUAUAUAAUAAUUUAAGGAACAGCAUCAACCCAUGUUUUUGUGCCCCAGACACCCAGGAUAUCACUUUAUAUGUACAUAAUCUUUAGCGGAGUGUUCCCAUUCUUAAUGACCUGCAAAAAAAACACAAAACAAAAAAAGAUGUAUGAAAUGAAAUGAAAGAUGUAGAAUAACUAGAAGAAUGGCUGCUUUUUAUACUUUAAUAGUAAUGAUGUGUUUGUUUAUUAAUGGUGAACUCUAUGAUGCCAACCAUGUGGUGUUUCCGUUGCGUCCUGAUUGGCUGAGAGUUUGGCUCUGGGGAAGGUGGUAGAGCAGUGUAAGUGAUGAUUUUGUAAGACUGUAAAGGUUGUAAAUGUUUAAAGUUCAGUCAUUGGUAACAAUUCCAGUUUCAGAGUUAUAAAUAUCGGCCAGCCCUAAUUACAGGAAGCAAUUUGGAGCAAUUCUUUGUGCAUCAAUUGUGAAAUUUUGCUUUACUGUAAAGAACAAGUAUUAAAAUAUGUCAAAAAGCUUUUUUGCUUGAUAAAACAAUAUUGUGAUAUUUCUAUUUUCUAAUAAAUACAAAACAUUGUCAUAUUGCCCACCACCCCUGCACACAUGAAAUUAAGCUGAAAGGUGCUAAAAAUGAUUUUUUAAGUGAUUCCAUAGAAGAACCAGCUAAAGAACCAUCACAUGGUGUAAAGCAUUCUUUACUAAUUCACACAUCUCUGUUUGCGCAAGUUUUAUUUAAUUUAUUGAACCAAAAUGUUUUCUUAUAUGGCAUCAUUUACAGAAUCGUUUAUAGUACCUUUUAAUUGAACUUAUCAGCCGUGUGUUUAGGAUGCGAUAACUUUAUAAUGUGGUGAUUGGUUCUAAUGAUGGUUGUCUCCAUUGAACACCAUGUUAUUGGUUGUAUGAAUGCUUGUGUCCUUAUAACUGGAGAGUAUUGCACUUGUGAAUAGGCUUGGAGAGUAGAAAAAUACUUGGAAUACGCUAAACCCGAGCACUUUUCUCAGCAGGCCCCCCUGCCCUGGUGUCAGAAGUGAAUGUAGGAGAUGGACAGGUUAAUUUCUGGGGGUCUUGGUGUGGUUUUUCCUUUCUCUGUCUGGAAUUGAUUUGAUAAUUUUACUUUCCUCAUUUUGGGAAGGCUUAUGCUGGUGUUUUUUCCUUUUUUUUCUCUCAAACAUUUCUUAUUUCUGAACAACUAUAAAAAGAAAUGUGAGCUGAAAAAAAGAGGCUUGUUGCGCUUGUAACAGAUCUGUAAAUAGUGUAACUGUGUAACAUACUGUAUAUUCAUUUGAGCUGGUGUGUGGGAUAUGGAUAUAAAUUAAUACUAUUACUACCCUUUGCCUACUGUAGAAUACACACCGUGCUAGAGGAGAUGAUUGAUUGAAGCAGUGGGAGUGGCUGGAUGGGUGCGAGGUGACUGUGAUUUAAUACAAUUCAAAGUUAAAUCAGAAUCUAUUUAUUUGAAAUCAGUACUCACACUAAUCGGUUUUAAUCCAGUAAAGACUGUGGGAACACAAUGAAGGAAUAAUCCAGAACAGCAGAAGUAUUUCUGAUGUGAUUUUUUUCCCUCCUCUGAUUUUUUUUUUUUUGUUCCUCCUAAAUAAAACUGAGCAAAAUAAGAAUA